CAGGCAAGCUUGAAGCCUCCCGGCGCGUCGCUCCUCCUCCUCGCCUCUGCCAUUGGCCGGGCUCCCGCAGACCUUGAGCCGGCUGGCUCGACGAGGCGUCCUGAGUGGGCGAUCGCCUCGUCCAUCCGUCCGCAGAGCCCGCCUUUUCCCCGGGGCUGGGCUAGGUUGAUGGGAGGCGAGCCUCGAUCGCAACUCUGGACAGCUCCAGCUACCCAAACAGACGACGUAAGAGCAGGAAAGGGCUCGGACAUGGCGAGGCGGCUGCAGCGGCGCUGGCCAGGCUGACGGAGAGGCUGGUGGCUGCCCUCCCUUCUCUCUCUCUCUCUCUCUUUCUCUCCCCCCACCCCCCUUCUUUCUCUCUCGGCUCCCCUCCCGCCCCCCACACGCACUCACCACACAAUUCACACACGCACACAACUGAGAGGCCUUAUAUCGACACCCCCCCCCCGUCCAAAAAAGAAAAGAAAGAAAACCCCAACACAGCAGGAGCGCCAACAGCAGCAGCAGCAUCCAGCAUCCUCCUCUGGCAAAGCGCCGCGGCUGGAGCUUUUGACCCCCCACUUCCUCCCCUUCCCCAGAGCCGAGCGACCCCCGGAGCUCCGUCUGCCUGCCUUUCCCCUCUGCACACAGCCCCGCGAAGCCCCCUGGUGCCGACCACCCCUCUCCAUGGACUGAAUGAAGACUGCGUGCACCUCCUAUCGAUGCCUAACCAAAGAGCUGGACAGCUGCGCCAUGAACCCGGAGAUGACAAUGGAGACGCUGGGCCCCUUGCACGGGCCCUCGAGCCAUGAGCAGGAGCUGAUGGGCAGCCCCAGCCCCCACCACCACCCCAGCAGCCGGAGCGCCGGAUCGCUCCGGGUCCACCCGCCGCCGCCUCCGCCGCCGCCGCCUCCAGGGCCUCCGCCGCCGCCUUCCCACCAGGACUUGGCGUCCGCCUCGUCGCGUUCAGCCAUGGUGACCAGCAUGGCCUCGUUGCUGGACGGCGCGGGGGACUACCGCGCGGAGCUGUCCAUCCCGUUGCACCACGCCAUGAGCAUGCCGUGCGACUCGUCUCCUCCGGGCAUGAGCAUGACCAGCACCUACACCACGCUGACGCCGCUGCAGCCCUUGCCACCCAUCUCCACCGUGUCGGAUAAGUUCCACCACCCGCACGCGCACCACCACCCGCACCACCACCACCACCACCCGCACCACCACCCGCACGCGCACCACCACCACCACCAGCGCCUGUCGGGCAACGUGAGCGGCAGCUUCACCCUCAUGCGCGACGAGAGGGGCCUCCCGGCGAUGAACAACCUCUACAGCCCUUACAAGGAGAUGCCCGGCAUGGGCCAGAGCUUGUCCCCCUUGGGCGGCAGCCCUCUGGGCAACGGGCUGGGCUCCAUCCACAACACCCAGCAGGGCCUGCAGAGCUACGGCCCCGCGGGUCACGAGAAGAUGCUGAGCCCCAACUUCGACGCGCACACUGCCAUGCUGGCCCGCGGGGAGCAGCACCUGUCGCGGGGCCUGGGCACCCCUCCGGCGCCUAUGAUGUCUCACCUCAACGGGAUGCACCACCCCAGCCAUCCCGGAGGCCACCCUCAGUCUCACGGGCCGGUCUUGGCCUCCGGCAGGGAGAGGCCCCCGUCUUCUUCCUCGGGAACCCAGGUCAACAACUCCGGGCAGCUGGAAGAGAUCAACACCAAAGAAGUGGCGCAGAGAAUCACGGCCGAGCUGAAGCGCUACAGCAUCCCUCAGGCCAUUUUCGCCCAGAGGGUGCUGUGCCGUUCUCAGGGGACCCUUUCAGACCUUCUAAGGAACCCUAAACCUUGGAGUAAACUGAAAUCGGGCAGGGAGACCUUCAGGAGAAUGUGGAAAUGGCUGCAGGAACCCGAGUUCCAGAGGAUGUCAGCCUUAAGACUUGCUGCAUGCAAACGCAAAGAACAAGAACCAAACAAAGAUAGGAACAACUCCCAGAAGAAAUCUCGUCUGGUUUUCACCGAUCUCCAACGCAGAACACUUUUUGCCAUCUUCAAAGAGAACAAACGCCCAUCCAAAGAAAUGCAGAUCACCAUCUCUCAACAGCUGGGCUUGGAACUUACCACUGUCAGUAACUUCUUCAUGAAUGCUAGGAGGCGGAGCCUCGAGAAAUGGCAGGAUGAUUUGAGCACCGGGGGGCCCUCCUCAACCUCCACCACUUGUACCAAAGCAUGAUCGAAAAUCAGAAUCUAAAUUGGGCACAACUCAACUAAUAUAUAUGAAAAGGAAUGGAUUCUUACUGGGGCCCUUCACUGGUGAUUUGAAAGCACAGUCCUCUUAAAACAG